UAACUGUGUGCAGUAAGGUAAGAGAAAAGAAACAAUGGCAGUACCUUUGUUGAACAAGAAGGUAGUGAAGAAGAGAGUUAAACACUUCAAGAGGCCUCAAUGUGAUAGAAGAAUCACUGUCAAGCCAAGCUGGCGCCGACCAAAAGGUAUUGAUUCCAGAGUUAGAAGAAAGUUCAAAGGAUGUGUCCUGAUGCCCAACAUUGGAUACGGGUCUGACAAGAAGACCCGCCACUAUCUCCCCAAUGGCUUCAAGAAGUUUGUUGUGCACAAUGCAAGCGAGCUUGAUAUUCUAAUGAUGCACAACAGAACUUACUGUGCAGAGAUCGCACAUAACGUGUCCACAAGGAAAAGGAAAGAAAUUGUGGAGCGAGCAGCCCAACUUGAUGUGGUUGUUACUAACAAGCUUGCUAGGCUGCGCAGCCAGGAGGAUGAAUGAGCAUUUUGAGCUCGAAAAAGAGAUUUUUGCCCCUUUAGAAGAGAUCUAUAUAUUCAGUGUUUGAACUUGUUACCUGUGUUUGUCUGCAAACCAGUUUUCUAUUUCUAUCAGAUAUUGUGGGUUUUGAACCAUUUAGUUGUUUUCAAAUGUUUAAAUCAUCAGAUUUCAGUUUUCCAGA